AUGUCUGAGGCAACCGAAUCUCAAACUUCAACCUCAACUGACCCAAUGUUGCGAGCAAUAUGGGACAGUAUUCAAAAACAGAAUGAGAAUAUUGCCCUUUUACGAGAGGAAAUGUUACGUUUGUCUAUGCAAAAUGACGAAGAGAACAGACACAGGACAGCAGAAAUCGAGAAUCUCGGGAAAACCGUCGCAGCGCUACGGACUGGGUUCGGAUCCCCUGCGACCGAUGACUUUGCUUCCAUUAUCACCGAAGACAAUGAAAGUGCGUCGACAGCAAUCAAUCUCACCGGGAAUAUGGCAGAAGCACGCAAACUGUCAGGGUUAGCAGCUCCAGACAUCCCACCUGUUCACCUCAACAUCGAACAACCCGAGGUGGAAGAAAGAGGCUAUUUUCCGCCCUCUUCUCCCACUCUACGAGCUAAGGAUGCAAUACGCUACAUCCCAACGCUCAACGGAGAUGAUGAUGUAGGAGUUGAAGACUUCAUCAAAGAAGUGAGAAGUAUGAAGGAUCGCUGUAUGGAGCAAGAUCUGUUGCUAAAAGCAAUAAAAGUGGAAAAAAUCGUGGGAAAAGCAGCCCAAAGUAUUCGCAACAUUCCUAUUGAGUGUUACAGUGAUCUGUACGACGCACUGAGAAAUAACUUAGCAGCACAAGUGACUUCGGAUGAGUACCAAGAACAAUUACGAGAGUUGAGACAGGGGCGCGAGGAAUCAGUGCAAAGUUUUAAUAUUCGGUUUAGAAGAAUACUCAACCGUUUGCUGUACGCAGUAACCAAUGAGUACCCACAACCACUGACACGUAAAAUUAUGACCGAAGAAAUCACGAAGAAGACUGUUCGUGUGUACCUAAAGGGACUCAGACGCGACAUAGGGCGAAUAUUAUUAAGCAGUGAACCCUUGAAUCUUCCGGAAGCUGAAAAAAAGGCAGCCGAUGUAGAACGCUACUUGCGAGAAGAACGACAACCUAAUUGGUCAUGUAAUCGCUUACCUUCCGCUAGUAAUCGCGCAAACAACCAGCCAAUGCAGAUGAAGUGCUUCAAGUGCGGAAAGCUGGGACAUAUUGCCAACAAGUGUCAAAAUUUUCUACCACCGAGCCAGCGCGAUCGACCACCCGCAAGGAUUCAGGCAGUCCAGGAAAGGGACGAAAUACAAGGAACAACAUCGAACCAGGAGAUGGACGAACCGUACGAGACAUACGAGUCAACAUCGCCACGGGAAGACUACUCGCAAUACCUUUGUCAACCCGAACCGAAGAGCGAGUAUUUCUGGUCGACACAGGAGCAGGCAUAA